UGAUAACCAAGGACUUGACAAUUUCAAGAAAUUCAACGCAUUGAAGCAACAGAACAACCAGUUGAAAACUAUUCUGGCCGUCGGGGGCUGGAAUCAGGGAUCUGCAAAUUACUCCACGAUGGCAGCCUCCGCUACCCUGCGCAAGACCUUCAUCACCACCGCCAGAGAUAUGGUCCUGACCUACGGUUUCGACGGCUUAGACAUAGAUUGGGAGUACCCCAACCAACGGGACAGUACUCAGGGAGUUGCUGACGUGAACAACUUCUCUUUAUUACUGAAGGAAUUGAGGGAAGAGUUCGAUAAACAUGGACUGUUGAUUACUGUUGCUGUUGCCGCUGUGGAGUCGAGUGCGUCGCUGUCUUAUGAUAUCCCUAAUGUGGCCAAGUACGUGGACCUCGUAAACAUCAUGACAUACGACAUGUAUGGCGCCUGGGAUUCGAUCACCGGCCACAACGCUCCCCUCCACGUAGAUCAGGGUAGGAUCUACGCUGUGGAUGCCGCUUUGAACUAUUGGCUCUCACAAGGCUGUCCCCCAGAAAAGGUUGUAAUGGGCAUACCUUUCUACGGCAGGACUUUCAACUUGACCGAUGCGAAUAACAAUGGGGUAGGGGCUCCAUCAAGUGGGGUUGGGUUCGCUGGACAAUAUACUGCUACAAAAGGCUUUGUUGGAUACAACGAGUUCUGCACCAAACUAAACACGGAAACCUGGGACGUCCUUUACGAUUCCAUAGCUCAAGUGCCAUAUGCCAUCCAAGACAAAAACUGGGUAUCCUACGAUGAUCCCAAUUCCAUAGCCAAGAAGGUCGAAUAUGCCAUGAAUCUCGGCAUCGCCGGUGCCAUGGUUUGGAGUAUCGAAACUGAUGACUUCCACGGGAAGUGUGGAGAGGACUUUGCUUUAUUAAGGGCUAUUAACUCAGCUUUAGCUGGAUCUAGUACUACUACUACUACAUCUACUACUACUCCUAGUACCACUACAACAACUAAACGUCCUACUACUACUCGUAGUACCACUACAACAACUAAACGGACGCGUCCUACUACUACAAGUACUGCGGCCCCUACACACCCAACUACUGUUACUACUACUACUAGUACUACAACGACGUCUACUGUAAAACCUACGACAACAAAAAAAGUCGUAGUCUGCUACUACGGCACAUGGGCCACCUACCGCUCUGGCGACGGCAAAUUCUCCGUCUCCGACAUCAACGCUUCACUCUGCACCCAUCUCGUUUACACCUUCGUCGGGAUCCAUGACGAUGGGACUGUUAUCUCGCUCGAUCCGUAUCUGGACUUGCCUGAUAACCAAGGACUUGACAAUUUCAAGAAAUUCAACGCAUUGAAGCAACAGAACAACCAGUUGAAAACUAUUCUGGCCGUCGGGGGCUGGAAUCAGGGAUCUGCAAACUACUCCACGAUGGCAGCCUCCGCUACCCUGCGCAAGACCUUCAUCACCACCGCCAGAGAUAUGGUCCUGACCUACGGUUUCGACGGCUUAGACAUAGAUUGGGAGUACCCCAACCAACGGGACAGUACUCAUGGAGUUGCUGACGUGAACAACUUCUCUUUAUUACUGAAGGAAUUGAGGGAAGAGUUCGAUAAACAUGGACUGUUGAUUACUGUUGCUGUUGCCGCUGUGGAGUCGAGUGCGUCGCUGUCUUAUGAUAUCCCUAAUGUGGCCAAGUACGUGGACCUCGUAAACAUCAUGACAUACGACAUGUAUGGCGCCUGGGAUUCGACCACCGGCCACAACGCUCCCCUCCACGUAGAUCAGGGUAGGAUCUACGCUGUGGAUGCCGCUUUGAACUAUUGGCUCUCACAAGGCUGUCCCCCAGAAAAGGUUGUAAUGGGCAUACCUUUCUACGGCAGGACUUUCAACUUGACCGAUGCGAAUAACAAUGGGGUAGGGGCUCCAUCAAGUGGGGCUGGGUUCGCUGGACAAUAUACAACAAAAGGCUUUGUUGGAUACAACGAGUUCUGCACCAAACUAAACACGGAAACCUGGGACGUCCUUUACGAUUCCAUAGCUCAAGUGCCAUAUGCCAUCCAAGACAAAAACUGGGUAUCCUACGAUGAUCCCAAUUCCAUAGCCAAGAAGGUCGAAUAUGCCAUGAAUCUCGGCAUCGCCGGUGCCGGGGUUUGGAGUAUCGAAACUGAUGACUUCCACGGGAAGUGUGGAGAGGACUUUGCUUUAUUAAGGGCUAUUAACUCAGCUUUAGCUGGAUCUAGUACUACUACUACUACAUCUACUACUACUCCUAGUACCACUACAACAACUAAACGUCCUACUACUACAAGUACUGCGGCCCCUACACACCCAACUACUGUUACUACUACUACUAGUACUACAACGACGUCUACUGUAAAACCUACGACAACAACAACAUCAGCACCCUCAGCACUAUGCACUAAAGAAGGUCCAAUACCCAACCCUGACGAUUGUUCCACCUUCUUCAUCUGUGUCCAAGGAAACUACGGCAUGGUUCCCACACUCAUGAACUGUCCAGCCAAUCUGGUGUGGGAUGAUGAGAAUAAAAUCUGCAAUUAUAGGUACCUUGUCAAAUGUGAAGCUUGAAAAUCGAAUGGUGUCUUGAGGCUAUCAAAAGUUUCUGAUGCGGGUUAGCAAAGAGGUUCAAGUAUAAACAAAAAUAGUGCCAAAGUAAAACGUGUA